CGUUGAAUACGCACCUGGGGAGGUCCGCAUGAACCUGUGAAGGGGACAGUGCGUGGAGGGACGCGGCGGCCGCUGCUUUGCACUUUGAGCGAAUCAGAUUGGGGCCCUCCGAAUGGACUGAGUCGGGGGCGGAGCUGAGCUGGAAGUCUCUCAUUGGCCACUGCCCUUUGUAAAGAAGUCACUUGCCUUCCAGAGUCCACCUGCUCUGAGCUGCUGGGGACUCUCCGGGAGCUGAGAAUGGCACUCUUCAGGCAGCUGUCCCUGGGUUCCAAGGCUGCCCUGGCUGCAGCCACCGUCUUCGUGUCCAUGAUCCUCUCCCGCUCCUUUCUGGCCGAGACCCUUGAGCUCCAGGCCUGGCGCUGGCUGUUUCGCCUGCAGCUGGUCCUGUUUGUCAACUCGCUCAUGCUCAUCGGCUCCGUGUACAUCUGGCGGAGCACAGUGAGCAACCUCAGCCAUUCCCCUGCCGUGGAAUCCGCCUGUUUCCAGCUUUGGAAGCUGGUUGUCAUGGCAUUCCUGGCCCUGGCACAUUCCAGUUUCUUCACCAUGCUCUUCUUGGUGGCCGAGGAACCCUAUGUGUUCUCCUUAGCAGCCUACUCCUGCCUGGGGGCUUACAUCAUCAUGGUUUUCUUCCUUUGUAUCUUGAACGCCAUGGAGCAGGCCCACCAGUUCUUAGCCUGGCGCAGCGGUAGGGUGGUGGGCAGCCUUGACAAGACAAGACACCUGGUGCUCAGGCCUGCCCUGGCGGUGGCGGUGACAGCUGUACUCAGUACCAUCGGCCUUCUGAACGCUGCCCAGCCCCCAGUGGUGAAAACGGUGGAGGUGCCCAUCCACCAGCUCCCCGCCUCUAUGAAUAACCUCAGGAUUGUGCUCCUUUCGGACAUUCACUUGGGGCCCACGGUGGGCAGGACAAAGAUGGAGAUGUUCGUGAGGAUGGUGAACGCACUAGAGCCAGACGUCACGGUGAUCGUGGGUGACCUCUCCGACUCGGAAGCCUCCAUCCUGCAGACGGCAGUGGCUCCUUUGGGCAACCUCCGUUCCCGCCUUGGCACCUACUUCGUCACGGGGAAUCAUGAGUACUACACGUCAGAUGUUAGCAACUGGUUCACGCUGCUGGAGUCCUUGCGGGUCCGGCCUCUGCAUAAUGAGAACGUGAAGAUCUCCGCCCCCGGGGACCAGGACGCUGGCGGGGCUGCUAAAGAGUGGGUCUGCUUGGCGGGCGUGGAUGACAUAGAAGCCGACAUCCUUCACUACUCUGGCCAUGGCAUGGACCUCGACAAGGCUCUGGAGGGCUGCAGCCCAGAUGACGCCACCGUCUUGCUGGCUCACCAGCCUCUGGCUGCCAAGAGAGCCCUCCAGGCUCGGCCAGAUAUAAACUUGAUCCUUUCCGGACACACUCACGCAGGGCAGAUCUUCCCCUGGAAUGUCGCAGCCUAUCUCCUGAACCCCUUCUUUGCUGGGCUCUACCAAGUAGGCCAGGCUACAUUUGUGUACGUCAGCCCUGGCACAGCCUACUACGGGAUACCCAUGAGGUUGGGGAGCAGGGCGGAGAUCACGGAACUCAUCCUGUGGCGGGCUCCCUAAGCCCACCCUGGUGGUGCUGCCCUGCCUCGCCCUUGCCCAAAGCCUUCACCGGCCCCCUGCUCCAGCCCCGCCCUGCCAGCGCACCCCUUUGACCACGGCCUGCAGGGGCUUGGAGUGGGGUUGGCAAGUUCAGACUGGUUUUACUGAUUCAGAUAACCGACCACUUUUGAUAGCACGCCUGUGAGUCCACUCACCCACGUAAAUGUAAAUGGGAGCCCAUGUUUUCCAGCUGCUGUGGAGAGGGGUCCUCUUGCAGAGGGUAGGGUGGUUGAAAAGGGCACCUCUCGGUGCAGACCCAGGGAGGGGCAGGAACACUUGUGUCCUGUGGGUUUAACCCUGGUUAGGGCUUGGGGGUUCUGGAAUUUCUUGAUCUAGAGACAGUUGGUUUGGGCAUGGACCAGGUUGAGAAGUCAAACGAGAUGGAUGCCUUCCCUUUGUUUGCUGGAGGAGUGUGUCCCUUUCCUCCUCAGUUCAGUCAGGGUCACCCUUACUGAGGGCAUCAGCAGAACCCGCCGGAGCACGGGGCCCUUCCUGUCAGGAGCCCGAGGGUUGCUGAUUGCUGUGCUGGGUGGCUGGAGAAGAAAUCAUGGGAAUGGUGGUAGGUGAUGACUCCGAGGUCUCCUAAGCUCUUGGUGACUCUGAAUCCUGGUUCUGCCGCCUCUGGGAGAGGCAAUUAAGGAUGGGCUGCUUCUGUGUUCCGGGGUGAGGAAAGGAUGCUGGGUGUGAGGAAGGCUGGGAGAGUGGCCUAGGAGGAGGCCAGCAUCACAAAACUGUGUGUGAGAGAGGGGGUGGGGAGAGAGAGAGAGAGUCUGUGUAUAUGAAGGGGGAGCUAAGUCCUUCUGAAAGUUCAUUUUAUGGCUCGAUGGUUAAGCAGCUUUAUUGGUCAUGGUGAUUGCAGGAUUCUAAGUACAGAUAAACAUUAAACCAGGCCCUAGAGCCCCAUGUUCCCUGCAAAGUGGUUUCUUGUUUGAAGCUGGCUUCACUUCACCCAUACCUAGAUGGAGCAAGGCCUCUAAAUAAGAGUUGCUAAUUGCAGGAGGCCAUCUGUUAUAGUUGAACGAGCCAGGAGAUUGGAACUCCCUACCCAUUACCCCAGGUUUGGGUCUGAUAUCUUGGUGAGAAGCUGAGGCUUCUUGUCUACCCAUGGGAAGGCUGAAGCUGACGUGAUCCUGCCCUGCACCUGCAAGUUCCCCUAGGCCCUGGCUAUGGAAUGACGGGACUGUGUUACCGGGUGGGGACAUCCUAACCCGUCUACCUUAGCCUCUGGCCACAGAAGCAUACCAGACCCACAAGGAAAACAAAAGGAGCUGUUUUGUGCAAUGCCUGCAGAUCUGUUGGUCUAGCUUUUGCCAGAGGCGAGAGAGACCUUUUGCAUAGCAGAAAGCUACUCUGAGGAAAAGGCCUCAUUGAGAUGUGAUCAGGACCAUCUGGGUAGCUCAAACUCAGGGCCAAGAGUCCUCUGGAAGGACAUGCAGACACCCUCUGUCUGGAGAGGGGCUUCCUGCUGCUUGUGAGGAAGGGUUGAUGCCUGGCAGUGACACGUCCUAAAUUCUUGACUUCCGUCCGCCGCCCUGAAAUGGGCGUAAUUCUUGUAUCUACCUCGAGGCUGCUUUGCUGGGAAAAUGUUGCGACUGCCCCCACAGCCAGCUCUUGGUGUGAUGUUCUAGUACUAAUCCAUGCUAAUCAGAGACCUGCUAAGGAAUGUGCCUGGAGAGUCUCAGGGGCAGCCAGUCCUGGGGACUGUCAGUGGGUGACAGGCUGCUGCCAGCAGAGCCCAGAUGUCCUUGUGAUACCUACUGAGAGCCUCCUUCCUGUGUACACACUCCGCUUUGUAGAUGGGGGUUCUUCAUCUUGUCUCCCAGUAGAUAGGGCAUGGGCAGUGGGCCACCCCACCUCUACCCAGCUCUCAGCCGGCGGACACAGGACAAUUAGGAGUUCAGAGCUACUAAUGAGUUAGUGAGUUUGAGGCCAUCCUGGGCUACAUGAGACCCUGUCUUGGAGAGACAGACAGACAGACAGACAGACAGACAGACAUAAGCUUUGUUAUGAAACUGUGACCUUCCACCUCACACAGGAUUUCAGCACUGGGAGAGGCUUUGUAGAAACCACGACUUAUUGGUGGGAUUCUAGGAGAGGCCACCACUCAGACCCCAGCUCUCCCAGGCACUUCCGGGCACACCUGGCGCCCUCCUGCAUCACGAAGAUCACUUUCUCCAGGGUUCUCCACUUCUGGCGGCUCUGCCCCUUCUGGGGUCAUGACUGCCCCUUCUGCUCCGCUUUGAGUCUCAGCAGACAGAUUUGACAUCUUUUCACUCCAGGCCCCUGGCGCCACUGGGAGCUUUUGGACUCUUGUCAUUCCUGUUAAUUUUUUCUGGUUCCUUGACCUCUGGACCUUUCUCUUCAGGACACUAGGCUUGAUGAAGUUAGCUUUGGCCAGCCUGGGUCUCUGGUGUUUGAUACCGUCGUCUUGGGAUCCGUGUGCACGCCAUCCAUUCUGUUGUCUUGUUUUUAUUUUAGAGGCAGGGGCUUGGGGUGUAUACCAGAUGGCCUUCAGCUUAUAGUCAUCCUCCUGCCUCUGCCUCCCAAGAGCUGGAUGCCUGGCGUUCGUCACCACGCCUGGCUCCUUCAUCCUCUCUGAGCUCUCUGUUCCGCUGAAUACUUUUCCGUUAACAGAAGGGGUUGGGCUACAACUCCCUGGUAGAGAACUUGCCUUGCAAUUGGGAGGCCCUAGGACCGUCACAGAAAGGGAAGGUAGCCACCAGAGCCUAGGAGGAGGCUAGGCAGGCGACAGCCCCACAAAGCCUGACUUCUGAGCGGCCCCCAUGUGUGCAGUGCCAGGUGUGUGCCCACGCUCACACAUGGAUCACGUGGCACACACACGGUAACGUGAAUAGAACAGUUCUCUGCAGAGAGGCCGCCUGCCCUUCGGGAGAUCUUGCACAGAAGGGAGGCCGCUGUUCCGUGCCCCCCCAGCUCGUCUGUCUUCUGCUUGUCUGCUCCUUGACUCUCUUCACGCCUCCGGGUUAUGCACAUUGGCCAGCAGGUGUUCCUGGAAUUCCUUCCUCCUCCUUCCCUCCCUGACUGGGUCUUACCGAGGAGAGGCUGCUUGGGAUUCACUCACUGUCUUCCUGCCUCAGCCCCCUGACUCUUGGGAUCACAGAUAUGCGCCACCGUGUCCAUUCUCUUCAAUCAUGUUUAUUUUGUGGUGCCAGUUGUAAUGUCCCCUCUUUCCUCUGUAAAUGCAGUUGUUCCAGUGUAGCUAAAGGUUAGUCGAUGGUGUUGUUGUUGGCAAAUACCAGUUUUGCUUAUUCUUUUGUGCUGGUUUUUGGUUUUUUUUUUUUUUUCUGGUUCCUGUUUCAUUGAUCUCUGUUUGGGUGUUUUGUUUUGGUUUCGUUAUUGUUGUUUUCUGUUUAUCUGUUUGUUUGUUUGUUUGUUUGUUUUUGUUUGUUUUGGAGACAGGGUCUCAAUAUGUAGCUGAAACUCACUACAUAGACCAGGCUGGCCCAAAACUCAAGGAGAUCCUCCUGCCUCUGCCUCCUGAGUGCCGGAAUUAAAUGAGUGCAUCACCAAGCCCUGUUCUUUCUCCAAUUUCUCAAGGAACUGUCUUUUUUUUUUUUUUAUGAUUCUCUUUGGUUUGAAUCAAAGUCUGAAAUUUUUUCAUGUGCUGUGCAUGCACCGUCUCUUUAAGUCUGUUGCAUUCCUCUUACACGUGCGUGCAGGAAGAAGUGAAUGAAAAUAAUUGAGGACAUCUUUAUUUGACGUACAUUUGUGUGUGUGUGUGUGUGUGUGUGUGUGUGUGUGUGUGUGUGUGUGUACAGUGCUCACAUGACGGUCAGGACAGCUGGAAGAACUAGCUUCUCCCACCAUGUGGGUUUCUGGGAUCGAACUCACAUAGCUUGGUGCCAAGCACCUUUACUCGGCUCUUUUUUUUUAAAGACUUAUUUUUAUUUUUAAUUGUGUGCAGGUUUUCUGUGUCUUACACGUGGGUGUAUGCGCGUGAGUGCAGGUGCCUGAGGAAGUCAAAGGCCAGAGCGUGGCCUUAGAGACGGCUGUGAGUUCCCUGACUCAGGUCCUCGGAUCACUGAGCAUCUCUCCAGCCUCCUACUUUUAUUUAUUUUUAAACUAUACAUUUGCCUUGCUUUUCACCGGAGAUAACGGGACAGAAUUAAGCUGGCGCUGGUCAGGAGCGCAGGAGGGUUAGGGUCAGCUGGCGCUGGUCAGGAGCGCAGGAGGGUUAGGGUCCAGACCCAAAGUGCCCGUCGCUCUCUGUGUCCUCCAUUCUGCUGUCCCCGCCUCUCCCGUGGCAGUGUCUUCUAUUUAGCCAGACCUUUGAAAUGUGAAAAACAAAGUUUUUAACACAGACAUAUAUGAAUAAGCAAAGCCAGUAAGCAGAGAUGUGGGGUAGGGCAGGCAUCCACAAAUCUGUCCCUGGGGGUAUUGACUGUCACCACGGACCUCAGUUUCCCCAGCCUGUCUGCGGUGACGGGCCGACACCGCAGCCCCUGGCGUCUGGUCAUCUGGAAUCCUUCUUGACUUUGUCUUUGAUAUGUGACCUUAGGGAAUAUAGAGGCCUUAGGUGUGCAAAGCCCUCUCAGCUGCCCCCCCCUCCCAUGGCCCUGGGUUGCUAGUGGACAGCUGGGUUUUUCUACCCUGGAGCUGAGGUGUCCCUGCUGGGAGCUCCACAGGCUCCUGGGGUGAGGUGACUGGGCUUGUGGAGACCCUCGGGUAGGAAUUCCCCAGCUUUCUCCCAAAAGACCUGGAGGCCAAGGUCUUGACCAGUUCAUAAUGACCCUUAACCUGUGAUGUCACCAAGCUGCUUUUACUCUUUGUUCCAGACCAAGAAUGUGCACAAGGGAUGCAGAUAUAUUUAUUUUAGUACCGAGGACUAGAACUCUUGGGGGGAGAUGUUCAAGUUACCCAUUGAUGCCUGUACUGUUACAGUGAGUGCUUUGUUUUGUUUUGUUUUUUUAAGAUGCUUAUAACUGAAAACAAUCACACUGGUCAGUAUUAGACCCUUGAGGAGUACUUGGUCUAAGGGGGUUUUAUUUGCACUGCCUUUUUCUUUUUUUACCUCCAAUGUUAUAUGCAUUAUGUGUAUAGUGGGGGCGGGGACUUGAGGGGGCCCGAACAUCCAGUAUGGUUGCUUGGAAUUGUGUUUUGUUUCAUGUUCCUGUGGUUAUCUGCUUUGUAAACACGUAUGCCACUGCACACUGCAAGCGUGGAAUAAAAAUUUGUCUCUCAUGA